AUGUACCUUAAUGACUCUGCGUCCUCUUCUUCGUCGUCUGACGGCGCCUGGUGCCCAGAAUUUCACCCGACACGUGCUGAAUUCCAGUCGUUUGCUACCUAUAUUCGUACCGUCGUGGAGCCUCAAUGCGCCAGUAUCGGCAUUUGCAAGAUCAUUCCACCUCGUAAUUGGUUCAGUCGCUCGUACGACGUCUCAGACUUGAAUUACCAAGUCUCAGCUCCUGUAUCUCAGCAUGUGGCUGGUAAAAAGGGCAUUUUUAAUGUGGAUUUGGUGGAAAGAAAAACUAUGAGCCCUUUAGAGUUCAAGACAAUGACAGAAGCUGCUACGGAUCAAGAGCCUGAAGACACAGGUGAUCCAUUAGAAGUAGAGAGGAAGUUUUGGAAGGGAUUACGGGGAACAAUGGACCCUCCUGUCUAUGGAGCAGAUAUUGUGGGCUCGCUGUUUGGUGAGACGGACACGACAUCGUGGAAUCUGAACGGCCUCAAUACAAUCCUGCGUAAAAUUGACCUUCCUGGUAUAACGCAGGCGAUGUUGUAUUUCGGCAUGUGGAGAGCAAUGUUUGCAUUUCAUACGGAGGAUAUGGAUCUCUACAGCAUUAAUUACGUACACACAGGAAAGCCCAAGUUUUGGUAUGGUGUUCCUCCUGAUGCUGCUCCUCAGCUUGAGAGAGCUGCGCAGUCGAUGUUUCCCGAAAAGUUCCACGAAUGUCACCAGUUCCUGCGCCACAAGACAUCUCUCAUUUCACCCGCUAGACUGAGGGAGUUUGGUGUACCCUUUUAUCGGGCAUAUCAAAAACCGGGCGAGUUCGUGAUAACCUUCCCAGCAACUUAUCACCAGGGAUUCAAUCUCGGUUUCAACGUAGCCGAAGCUGUCAACUUUGCAACGCUGCAUUGGAUUCCAUAUGGAUUACGAGCGAAGGUUUGCAAAUGUCUCCCUGACAGCGUAAGAAUUGACAUGGAUUCUUUCCUUACCAAGCUGUUUGAAGAGCCUCAGUGUAGCCCCGAAGUUUUGGGCGAAGACCCGUGGAUCUUUAGCUGCAAGUGCAACAAGUAUUGCAGCAGUAACAGUCCUCAAGUUAUUGUAGAGGAACAAUGGUUUGAAUGCUCCACGUGCAAGAUUUGGGCCCACGUUCGCUGCAUUCACCCUAAUCUCGCCGAUACGGCAGCUGACAAUCUCCCUCAGUCGUUGUUGUGUCAUCGUUGUGUCAGUGGGGAAGCUGGGAAAAAACCGCGCACUUUGUCCAGCGGUGGAGUCGGGCGUCGAAGUGGCACCGCGUCCAAAAGUGGCAGUCAUAAGCGAAAAAAGGAAGCUAUGGUUCACUCGAAGAAAAAGCAGGCAAAGGUGCCAACUUCGGCCGUCAUGUUGUCACCUUUAAAGAAGAAGAAAGUUACGUCAAAGGUCACUCAAGCACGUGCUACUACACGUACAAAUGCAACGGAGGAUGGAGCUGCUGUUCGUAAGUAUCUAAAAGUCAAAGGCUCGACUAUUCGUUUCGAGGACAUUGAGGCCAAAGUUGUGGCUGUAGAGGGCAAAUUUAUUCGCGUGCACUACAAGGGCGAGUCUACAAAUGAUGACGAAUGGCUGUCAGUGACUUCGAGGGAAUUACGACGACGAAUUAUUGCAGUAGAGCCGCCACUUCUAAAGUCAAAAGAUUGA